ACAAAUUUUAAAUAAACUGUUUCUUUUCUGCGCCAAAAUCUGUGUUGUUCCGUUAAAACAAAGCCAUCAUAUUUGUGUAUACACGUUUGCUUAUUAAAAAAAAAUUAAAUUUGUUUACAAUGACUAGACGAGGCACAGCUCGCACGCCACUUCCACUGAUCUCGCCUCAAAAACCUCAGACGAAGACUACGAAAAAACAUCAGAUAUGCCGUUCACCAAAAAUCAACCAACGGCCAGCAAAAUCGGUGUACACCAUGACUUCCCGUGAUUUUCAAAGAGAUACAAACGCACACGUAGAAGUAAUUGCUGAGCAUUUGAAAGAUUUUUGCUGCAUAAAUUUCUUUCAAGCGGCGAUAAUGCAUAACAAACACUUGUUUCGUGGACGCAAGGUUUUGGACAUAGGCUGUGGAGUGGGUAUUCUUUCGUUGUUUGCUGCCAAGGCAGGUGCAGCACAUGUAUAUGCUGUGGAUUCGUCAAAUGUAGUAGACUACACAGAACAAAUUGUAAGCGAUAAUGGUUAUGCCGACAUUAUUCAUGUGAUCAAAGGAUCAUUGGAGAAUAUUGUACUACCAGUUGAUGAAGUUGAUAUCAUUAUUUGUAAUUGGUUGGGAUAUUCAAUGUUAUUCCAAGCGGCUUGUGAUAUGGUAAUUUAUGCUCGGGACAAAUGGCUAAAUAAGGAAAAUGGCAUUAUAUUACCCGAUGUGGCCAAAUUAUUUAUGGCUGCAGUAGAGGACACCAAGCACAAGAAUGAACGUGUAGAAUGGUGGAACGAUGUGUAUGGUGUAAAUAUGAAAUGUGUGCGUAAUUUUGCAUUAUCCGAACCCUGUUUUCAGCAGGUGGAGCCGAAGCAGCUGAUAAGCACUCAAUUCGGCGUAAAGUAUCUCAACAUGUACACCGCCACAAAGAAAGACUUGAAAUUCCGUUGUAAAUAUAUGUUAGAAAUGCAACGUAGUGGAAACAUGGAUGGCAUCGUGACCUUUUUCCAUGUUUACUUUUCGAAGUCUCAUACAUCAAUGGGUUUAAGCACGGAUCCUUCUGUGUGGCGUACACAUUGGAUGCAGACCGUAUUUUUCUUCGACAAACCUGUGUAUGUCAAAGCCGGUGAACUUUAUUAUGGUGGCAUAGAAAUGUGUUCAGUUGGUAACGGUUGCGAUCUCAACAAUAUGGAGUUAAGCCUCGAAAUGUUCAGUGGAGACCCAGCUCAUCUGCACCUAGAAGCAGAAAUGCGCUGGAGGCUUAAACCACAUGCAGCCAUAAUAAAUGAAAGAAUUUUAGAAAAGAGUGAGGCAAGUGGAAAAAACAAAAUUAUUAAAGAUGAAAACCAAAUUAAUUCCGAUAAAAGUAAAACUGUGCUUGCACCAAAGAAAAGUGUUUGUGUAUCUAAAGAGCCAAUAACAAAAACAGUCGAAGUGAAAUCGGCAACAAUUGUACCUACCAGCGUAGAAAUAGGAAAUUACUCAUACCCCUGCAACGUAGUGAGGAGGAACAAAAAAGCAAAGAACUCAAAAAAAGGCUAAAUUAUUUUUAAAAAGUUUAAUAUUUCUAUUAUUUUUUUGAGUAUAUUAUAACUUCACAUAUGUACAUUUAUAUGAAAUGUUUUACACACUGAGAUAAGGCUGAAAUUUGGAUAACGAAUUAAACCAAAUUUAUCGUUACUAAAAGAAAAAAUUAUAGAGCAUUUAUUAAA